AGCGAUCAGGAUGGUAGCAGAGGCCUGGACUGAUGCUGACAGACCGAAGCGAUGGAGGAGACAACACCAGACCCUGCUUUCGUGGACGUGGACCAGGGUCUGACCCUGACGUGCAUCGCCUUCCUCUGUCUGCUGCUGGUGGCAAUGAUCAUCCGCUGUGCCAAAGUCAUCAUGGACCCCUACAGUGCCAUUCCCACCUCCACCUGGGAGGAACAGCACUUAGACGACUAGCAGAUCACAUUUUUCCAAUAACCUCGGCAAAUAAACAUGCACCUGCAUUCAAUCAAACCCUAACAUCAUGUUUCAACCAGUACACAGAUGUCUGUUGGAUAUUUAAGCUGCUAGUCUUCUUCUCACAUACAGCAUCACUAGCUUUGAAGACGUCAUUAUGGAAACUGAGUUGAAUUCCUCCCAACCAACACUGUAUAAAACAAGAAGGCAUGAAUCCCGAAAUGAAGUUGAUUUUGACACCCAUAUCCUCUUUUUUGCUCCUGGCUCCCUGGAUGGGCUUCAGUAAAACAAAAUCACUCCAAAACGAUGCACAAACAAGCCAAAAUCAGAGACUUCCAACCACACUUACCUGACGUUCUCACAACCAAUGCAUCCUGAAUUUGUAGUUAAACAAAGGGAGCAAAUGCAUAUUUUUAUAUUUCAUAAUGAUAAAUGAGAUACACAUUCAAGCAAGGCACGGAAAACAUGUCUAGCUACGCAAGUUUGUACGCAAACGAAGCUGCAUUUUUAGUGUUGCCACAUGGAGGGCUAUAGCUGUCUUGUUAAUGUCAAUUUUCUUUUACACAGUCAUGGUGGAGCAACAGUUUGUUAAAAGGCUAGUUAACCGCCAGCAUGUUUAUUUAUGGUUAAUUGGCACAGUAAUUUGCAGUUAACUCUAUCGCCCCCUUGAGUGGCACCACUGCGAAUACAAUAUUUACAACAAGACUGCAUACUUGCAAUACAUUGGUCAAGCAUUUACAUUUACAGACUUAGACAAAGUAUGAUCUUAAUCGUGAUUAUGUUUUGCAAGAAGACACAACCUUGACUGAAGGCCUUGUGAAAAUGGCUAAAGAUGAAAAACACCAUAAACUGUUGCAUUCAUCUUACCGUUGUCUUUACAAGAGCAUCUGUCUCUUUCUUUUAUCGGCUCUUAUACGAUCUGAUCCCCUGAUGUGGUUUGAUAAUGUUGUCCUUGAUGAAUUGUACUCAUUUGCAGAGAGCUAUAGUCUGCAUGAUAUCAAGUGCCUCAGCUGAAGUCAUAUAA